AGUCGUUACUACCAUUCACAUUUAGCGCACGGUUGUUCCUACUAGAUACCCAACGCUCUAGCUCGCGGAUCGGGCCGCGCAUGGGGCAUUUGUAUAAACAAUGAACCAAUCCACAGUGCAGUACCUGCUCUGCAUCCUUAUUGUAGUGGCCGUUACACUCGCUUUCAUCUAUGACCAACUUACGAAAAGAAUCCCGUCGCGGUUACGAGAGGCAGGAAAACCCAAAAGUGGAUUUGGGCUCAUUAGAGCCGACAAAUUCAGCGCACACGACGAACCCGCCUGCGCUCAUGGAAUCGACAUCAUCUUCGUACACGGCCUCGGGUCAAAUCCUGACACGACGUGGGGCCCUAGGGAAAGCAACUGGGUCAACGACAUCCUCCCGCAAGACAUCCCCGUGGAACUGCAAAAGGAUGUCCGUAUCUUCUUCUACAACUACGACUCGUACUGGAAGAGGGAUGCCAUUCAGGCGUGUCUCCAGAGCUUUGCACACGGGUUGCUAGAUAAUGUAGCUCUUGUGAUUCGGAAAACAGAAAACGAACAGACACGAAGGCUACUAUUUGUCGGACAUAGCUAUGGAGGUCUCGUGAUCAAGCAAGCGCUCGUUCAGGCCAAAAGUAACCCGAAGUUUGUGAACAUAUUCGACCACGCAAAGGCUGCCUUCUUCUUGGGAACGCCCCACCAAGGCUCACACUUUAGUAAAUGGGGUAGCUUCGCCGCUAGAUUCCUACAACUACUUAAUUCAAACCAGGCACUCCUCGAGGAAGUUAAUUUUCAUGCCCUGCCGCUGUACUAUCUACACGACCAAUUCGUGAAUAUAACCGGCAACAUGCAGGUAGUCAAUUUCUUUGAGGAACGACAUACACCCCUCAUUAGAGUUUGGUUUUGGCAAUGGAGUGAAAUUUGUGUUUCUAGACAGUCAGCAACAUACUCCUAUGACAACGUGAAGAGCGUGGGGCUUUCCGUUGACCAUUCCGGACUGAACAAGUUUACGAUGAAAGAUGAAAAUUACACGCUGGUUGUCGCGAAUCUACUCGACAUAAUCAAGCCCAUCAUCUUGGAGAGGCAGCACCGGCUAUACUCGGUCCCUAUCUUGGUAGCUGAAAGCUAUGUUGAACGAAAGUCGCUGUCUGCGUCAGUCGAAGAGAAAUUAGAAGUGCUUCAUCAAGGGGCUAAGAUCCCCUAUUCUGUUGUAAUCUACGGGCUUGGAGGCACAGGAAAAACCCAAUUGGCGCGAAAAUACGUCGAAGAUCAUAUCAACGAGUACAACCCAAUACUUUGGAUAGACGCCAGGGACGAAGAUUCGACAAGAUCCAGCUUUGAGCGAUGCGCAGGCGAGCUGCAGCUAUCGUGGGAGCAGAAGGUCACUUCACCCUCGAAUCUUGUGGACUCAGAAGCGGUACAGGCUGUUCUCAGGUACCUUCGCAAGCGAAAGAGGACGGAUGAUAGGUGGCUCGUAGUUAUCGACAAUGCCGACGAUGCUACAACGGGAAUCAAAGAUAUUGUCCCAGAGGGAAGUCAAGGGAGCGUCAUCAUCACGAGCCAAGACAGCUACUUGGCUAAACACAUGAACCACGAAAGUGUGGAGGUAGAUGUUAUGGAGGAUUCAGAGGCGAAAGCGCUCCUUCUUCGUCAUGUUUCGCUAGAAGCCAAUAUUGCAUCAAAAGCCGUGCUACAUUAUUGUGGCGAGGUUGCGAUGGAGCUUGGAUACUUGGCUCUUGCCAUUGAUCUUGCCGGAGCUUACAUCACAGAGGAUAUCGCGGAUGGCAAGGACGCUGAAUCGGCCCUACAAUACUACCUAAAAUACCACAAGAGACAUCGAGAUGAUCUACUGAAAAACGAAGAAUUCCGCGGGCUAUUGCAGAGCAAAAAGACAGUGUGGACGGUGUGGGACACGACAUUGGAAAGAAUAAGAGAUAUAAGCGGGGACAAUCACGCUGACUUGUUGCUUGCUUUUUUAGCUCAUUUCAGAGGCACGGUGGUCCAGGAUGAAUUAUUCCGGAUAGGCAGCCUGGAACUAUCAAUUGUAAAUCAGACGCUAUAUGGCCAGUCGAUCGAGCUGCCAAGCUGGCUUGGGAGAAUCUUCACUCGGAAAGAUGGCGAAUGGGACGACUUUGACUAUCAAAAUGGCCGGCGCCGGCUUGAAAGAUAUGGCCUGUUGCAUCGAACUAAGGGAAGAUGGCCAGGUGUCUCAAUGCAUGGAUUGGUACAAUGGCGAGCGAAACAAUGGGCCAAGGAGCAUCCAUGGGAAAGGUGGUGUCUGACAACAGUCUUGGCAGUAUGUGAUCAAGUGUCCCAGGAUGUGGCGAACCUGGAAUUUCACAGAGAAAUAGUCACACAUCUCCCAACGCUGGAAGAGGGGUAUCUGGAUAGGCUAUAUCUAGGCAUUCCGAGCAGGUGUUAUGUAUGGAAUACUAUUGCUGACAUGUAUUUUGACGAAGGUCGGUGGAAUGAGGCAGAGAAGAUUCAUGUAGAGGCGGUAGAAACAUGCAGGAACGAGCUCGGCGUCAACCAUCUAGCUACGAUAUCGAGCAUGAAUAAUCUCGGGUUGAUUUACCGUAAGCAAGGCCGGUGGAAAGAAGCAGAGGAGCUGUUAAGAGAAGUGGUAGAAGCACGGAACAACAAAGUUGGCAUCAACCACACAGGCACGCUACCAAGCAUGAGCAAUCUAGCUGCGGUAUUCCGCGAACAGGGUCGAUUAGAGGAGGCAGAGAAGCUGUUCAUGGAGGUGGCAGAGGUGUACAAGAGGAUGCUCGGCUUCGACCACCUAUCCACGCUGGAGAGUCUAAGCGAUCUUGCUUCUGUCUACAUAGAUCAGGAUCGAUUAGAAGAGGCAGAGGAGCUGCUUGUGACAGUGACAGAGGCACAAAAGAGGAGGCUCGGCGUUGACCACCCCAUCACGCUAGGUAACAUGAACACUCUUUCUUCUGCCUACCUAAAGCUGCGUCGAUUAGAGGAGGCAGAGAAGCUGCUUGUGCAAAUAGCAGAGACCCAUAAGAGGAUGCUCGCCAUUGACCACCCUAAAAGGCUGGAUAGCAUGAAUAAUCUUGGUGUUGUAUACCUAAAGCAGCAUCGAUUCGAGGAGGCGGAGGAGCUGUUCGUACAGGUGACGGAGGUACGCAAGAAAAAGCUCGGCAUCGACCACUACGAAACACUACGCAGCACGAAUAAUCUUUCCUGUGCAUACCUUGAUCAAGGUCGAUGGGAGGAGGCGGAGAAGUUGCUUGUUACGGCGAUGAAGGCAAGGAACAGCCUGGACGACCCGGAAACACUGAAAUCGAUGUUCAAUAUUGCUUUUACAUGGAAAAUGCAGGGGCGUCAUGUAGAGGCUCUGCGCAUGCUGAGGGGAUGUAUACACCUUUCCCAUCGCGUAUUGAGUAUCAGCCAUCCGGACGUUCUAUAUCGACAAGAGACACUUGCAGAGUGGGAGGAGGAAGAACAGGAUAAGGAGGAGAAAGAAGAUGAGAAGGAGGAAAAGGAAGAUAAGACGGAAGAAGGGGAUGUGGAGAAGGAGGAGGAGGAGGGAGAAGACGAAGAGCAGCCGUGAAACUCUGGUUGCAAUGCUCUUGAGAGAAUGUCAAGAGAAGGGAGGGUAGUGGAGCUUUCAGGAUCAUACGAGGGGAACGGGGAAAAGAUUGAGUCAGCUCAUGUAUUUGCAAAUGUUUCGGAUUGGCUACAAGUGAAAGGGAUUUAUUUUACUGGAUAUUUUUGCAGUUCUUUUCACGAUACCUUCAAAUUGACCGAGGCCUCA